AUGGAUCCUCGAUUACAAAACUGGUGCGAUCACGCCCAUCACCGUCCAUGGUAGUCGAGAAACCUGCCUCGUGCUGAUCAAAUUGUGGUUGUCGCAAGUCAGCCGAUGAAUGUGCGAAUGCGCAAUGAGCGCCAUUCUUGACACACUGCCCACGUGAAUCAGUUGGAUGUACACAUUGAGCUGUCUUGUAGUAACGCAGAUGAUAUUUUCGCUCCACAUCACCGGAAACUCGAUGAAGGUAAACGCAUUCGUCACCCUCCGGACAAAUGCCUGUGUUUUCGUCGUACUUGUCGCAGUAUAUGUCAGGGGAGUAGUUGA